ACUCACACUCCCCGCGCGCUGCUCGGAGCCGGAGGGAGCGCAGGGAGCAAGCUAGCGAGCGCUCGGAGCCCGGGCCAGCAGAGGGGGCGCCCGGCCGCUGUCUGCACCGCCGCCUCCGCCGCGCUCCGGGGCCCGGGGAGGAGCGAGGGCGAGUCGGAGAGUCGGGAGCCGAGCCGGCGAGACGCAACUGCAGGAGGGAGCCCGCCCCACUCCGCCGCCUCCUGCGCCCGAGCCGGGGAGCCCCCGCCGAUCGCCCUGCGGGCCGGAGGGCAGGGAGCACAGGUCCCCGCAGCCCCAGGGAUGGUCUAGGAGCCGGCGCGAGGCUCGCCAUUUGCUCCCAGCCGGGGCUCGCCGCCUCCUGCGGAUCGCCCAGGGCUGCGCGCCGCGGCGGCCGGGGGGCUGCGCGCCGGGGCGGCCCAGGCCCGGAGAAGUUAGUUGUGCGCGCCGCUCGUGCGCGGAGUCAGCGAGCGAGCGAGGGAGGCAGAGAGGCGCCGGGGCCAUGGGCUGGGGGAGCCGCUGCUGCUGCCCGGGACGCCUGGACCUGCUGUGCGUGCUGGCGCUGCUCGGGGGCUGCCUGCUCCCCGUGUGCCGGACGCGAGUCUACACCAACCACUGGGCGGUCAAAAUCGCCGGCGGCUUCCCAGAGGCCAACCGCAUCGCCAGCAAGUACGGAUUCAUCAACAUGGGACAGAUCGGGGCCCUGAAGGACUACUACCACUUCUACCAUAGCAGGACGAUUAAAAGGUCAGUUCUCUCGAGCAGAGGAACCCACAGUUUCAUUUCAAUGGAACCAAAG